ACAAGAAAGCUUACAGACACAGAGUGUGUAAUGCAGUGGAGAGUAUGUUUGUGGAAAUCUUGAUGCUUGCCGAAAAGGUGCCUUUGAUUCCUGGAGAAAGGGGACAAUUAAAGACAGUCUCCCGGUGUAUUGAUGACAUGACAGCCUACACCAAUCUGACGGACUACAUUUUCCACCAAAUUCGCAUCAGCACGGGCGACAACCUGAAGAAAGCCCGGGACCUUCUGCAGGCCCUGGACGAGCGAAGACUCUUCUGGUGCGUGGGCGAGAGCCGCCCCAUCGCCAAGUGCAAGUGUGAAAUUCUGAAUGAAGACAACCUCAUUGCCCUUGAUAAAGAAGAAAAGGUGAAAAAAAGCCUUAUGAAACUAAUAGAAGAUCUGAAAUUUCCACACAUUCCAGAAGAACGCAUUUUAGUCCAGGUAGUGACCCUUGACUUUGGAAAGAAAAAUCUCAACCCUCUGGCUAACUUAUGUUUCUACACCAAACAUAAUGUCAACUUGGCACAGCAUGUUAAUCCAGAGGAGGUGUCCCACUUGUUUCCAAAAGAACAGUUUCAGGAGCAGGUAGUGCGCGUGUACCUGAAACACUACUGGGACGAGGAGGAAAGACUGAUCGUCGAUCACAAGGAAGAUGCAAGUUUCGUCGGUAAAGCCUUCAAGCUCUGGUGCGAGAAAAACGAACUCGAGAAACCCAAGCUGUUCUUCCAAGUCUGUCAGGUACGAUCAAGAGGAGGUAUGAACAUCACAGCAGCGCCCCUCUACUUGACUUAG